AUGGUCAUGGAGGACGCCGUCUCCACGGAUUCCUGGCAUUUUCCCCCGCCGCAGCCACCGCCAUCACCGCCAUCACCGGCAUCAGAAUCCGCAGUAUCCUACGCAAUCACCCCUCCUCACCCCAACAUCGCCGUGCGCGCGUUGGGGGCCAACCGCGUCCUUUUGUGGACUUCCAAGUUAGUUGGACGGUACAUUCUAAACCACCUGAUGGGGCAACGUCUGUGUCGCGGUGGCUUUCACCCCGACCAAGUAGUUUGGUGCCUGACCAUUCCGGCCAUGUGGAGUGACGCCGCAAAAGAUAAGAUGCGCCAGGCAGCGCAACGAGCAGGGUACUUCCGUACGACUAACGCCUCGUCUUUGCUGCUGACGCUCGAACCUGAGGCGGCGGCCCUCUCCGCGACAAUGGCAGCGGCGGCGACGGAUGCCGUACCUGCCGUACCCGGGUCCCCCGCCGGGUCAUGUGCUUGGCAGCAGCAGCCGCAAGUCAGUAGCCACCAGACAACGGAAGCAACGGCGGCGACGGCGGCGGCGGCAUCGUCGCCUUCAUCCUCCCCUUGUUUGACCGGCGGCGAUGUACUGCUGGUGUUGGACUGUGGCGGAGGCGCUCUGGCGGGAGGCUGUUUCGUGGAUGACGCGCUAUGGGCCGUGUUGCGGAGUGCGGCGAUGGUGGGUGCGGACGCCUGGGACAGCUGGGUCGAGCAACACCCAGCGGAUUGGACCCACCUGCGUGACACAUGGGAGCAGGCAAAACGCUCCUUCCUAGGAGUGCCGCCGCCGCCGAUGCCCGACCUCCUCCGCCCGGCGGCGAUGUCUGCGGCUGUAGCGGCAGUGGCGGCGAGGCGGCCGACAAGCGCCGAAGUUCGUGGCAGUAGCGGCGCGGAGGCUGAUGGAGAGGGGGCGCUGGAAGACGAUGGGGACGCGGGGCCGCCCGAAACGGUCGUGAACGAGACGCCCGAAACGGCCGCGGAGACGGAGGGGACGUCGUACAUCCAUGACGCUGCGGAUGACGGUGACGGUUACCCCAAUGACGACAGCCUCGAAUGGGUCGUACAACCUCUACUUGGAGCCGACAUGCAGUACGAUCCGCAUGACAUGUACGGCAAGUACGACAUUUUAUUGCGGUUACCACAGAGCCUUGUAGAUUUGUUGCCAGCGCAAGCGCGCCAGGGGCAGCGGACGCGUCUGCCGUGGCUGCUGCCUUCUGCCGUACCUCCGGCGCUCGUACUGCCGGGUGCCCUCCUUGAGCAGUCCGUAUUCGGUCCGGUGGUGGACGUGAUCGUGGGGCUGGCUAAGAGGGUGGCGGAGGAGGGCCGCGGCAACGGUCUUCCCCCGACGAAGAUUCUCCCGGAAGGGGUGUGCCGUACGGGUGCGGGAGGUGCCGUACUGUACGGACGGGAUCCCUCCAGCGUUUCAGCACGUGCCGUACGGCUGAGUUACGGUAUAGCUGCUACAGCUCCGUGGUCAGAGGCGCACGAGGCCAGUCGGGCAGCUCGGGGCUACCCGGAGAAGGCGCACAACACCGAGGAUGGGUCCUAUUUCGCCGAUGACGUGUUUGCACCCUUCGUGCUUCGAGGCCAAGUAGUGGAGCCAGAAGAGGUCGUCGAGCGCUAUUUCGCUCCCCUGCAAAAGUCGCAGGACAGCAUAUUCUUCGAACUGUACGGCACACAUUCCCGUGACGCGUCGUACUUGAAGGAGCCGGGCAUGCGGCACUUGGGUAGGGCUGUAUUGAAGCUCCCAAUGGGCUGGGAGCAGUGCGAGGAAGUACGGCGUGUGGGCAGCUGGGGUUACAUCGUGCAGGGUGAACUCAAAUUUGGCGCCACUGAGAUUGUCUUGACGGGCCGCAACCCGCGAACCAACGAGACGGUCACGACCUCGGUGGAGUGGUCAUCUGAUGCAGCUCCAUCAGCGCCAUCGCAUCCGCGUUAG